UCAGUGUAGCCCCAGCAGUGCCACCUGUCAGUGUCAAUCAAUGCCACUUGCCAGUGCCCAUCAGUUCCUCAUCAAUGCCACAUCAGUGCCUACCAGUGCACAUCAAUGCCACAUAUCAGUGCCCAUCUGAACUGCCUUUCAGUGUCACUUAUCAGUGCCAGUCAGUGCCACCUAUCAGUGCUGCCAAUCAGUGCCACCUAUCAGUGCCAUGCCACCUACCAGUGCCUCCUCAUCAGUGCCCAUCAGUGCAGCCUAGCAGUGCCCAUCACUGCAGCUUCAUUAGCACACAUCAGUAAAGGAGAAAAAUUAUUUAUUUACAAAAUUUUAUAA